AUGGCUUCCCUCGUCACCUUCGUCAUUUUGUCAAGUUGGACGACUCUGGCUUUUACUUUUCCUCAUAACACGUUUGAGAACAUUUUGAAAAGGUCACGGGUGGAUUUUGAAUCCUCCGGCAGCGGACCCGAGGAGCCUAUCCGAGGAAUAGUCCGGGUGGUUCAGCUGGACCAUCGCGCUCUGGCCCAGUCAGGGUUCUUCAGAAAGGGAAUGAGCCCCAGGACAGCCCCAUCGUUCCGCAAGAGUUUGCCCUUCCCUGCCUUCUUGUCUCAGGGGCGUCCAGGUCCGGCCCCGGCCGCCAAGGCUCCAGUGAGUCCCCUGCACCACCUGCACCCUAAAGGCCCCACCGAAAUGGACCUGAAGAAGAAACAGGGGCUGCAGAUGUGGCAAAGAGCCAUGGAUAAAGGAGGCAAGUUGUCCCUGCCGGUCAACCUGAAGGACAUGAAACAGACGUGCACUGCGGUGCCUUUCACUCAGCGUGUGACCGCAGACGGAUGCGAGACAGUGACGGUGCACAACAAGCUGUGUUUCGGUCAGUGCAGCUCUCUGUUUGUGCCGUCCGAAGGUGAGUUUGCCGGGUUGGGCACCGGGACGGGGGCCCUUCACCGCCGGGCCCCCUGCUCGCGCUGCGCUCCAUCCAAAGCCCAAACCGUGACUGUGCCCCUGCGCUGUCGAGGAGAGGUCCGGGAGAAGCGAGUGAUGGUGGUGGAGGAGUGCAAGUGUGAGACGGGCAUCGAGGAGAGAAGUGCAGAGGCCGCAGCGUCCAUGCAGCUGUAG